AUGGUUGCGCCCGCUGUCCCUGAGAUUCACGAGGAGGAGGAAAUCUACGUUGCUGUUGAUGCGCGCUCCGAGUCUUUGCAGAGCUUGCGGGAAUUGGGUCCCCCGGACCUGGUAUACCUAGUGAAGCAGCCCAAGGCCAAUUCAACCCGCCAGACCGGCGUGUACCACCAUGUAACCGGAAUCGAUGCAUCUUCGUCCGCUAGCCUAGCGGCCUAUGUCAACACCCUCACAUUCUCCCCGCUCGAUAAGACACACAAAGUGGUAUCAGGAAUCUACUGCUGCUACAAUGCAUUUUCCCACCUGGACAUGCGAGUUGAAGUCAAGAUUCCUGGAAGCUUGGAGGCCUACUGCAUCGAUGAACGUGGGGAUAAGCGUGUGGCUACGGAGGCUCUCUGGCUAGAGACUUUUCUCUGCGCUGUGCUGAGAGCUUAUCUGUACGCCGAUGAUGGAUGCGGAGAUCAAAUCAAGAAGAUUGUCGGAGUCCGUCGCUUCAAUCCGAUCACCAAUACAGAGAUGGAACACAAGUUCCUCGAUGCUGCUGAGAAGCUGUUCUUCCUUGGACGCCAACUCAGUUCCGAUCCCGAAACCCAAGUUCCAAACACCGUGAGCAACCACCUCACUUCGGGCAUUCUCAAAUACAUCCACACGACCGGCCGUUAUACAUCUGGUAUCAAUUUGUUUGAGAAGCUGCGCACAAGGGACGUAGAGGUCUCAUCCCUCUUGGCCCGUGUACAGUUGAUGGCCGACGAGGAAGUCCAAGCAGUCCGUCUUAUGUACGAUGCCUUGCAAGAUGUCCCGAUGGACUAUGCCUUGCUUGACUGCCAGGCAUCAUUCUGUCAGACUAAGGGUGAGGGGGAAAUGGCUCUGGAGUGUGCCAAACGGGCAGUGACUGCUGCCCCUAGCGAGUUCAGCACUUGGGCUCGACUGGCGGAGGUCUAUGUUGGACUGGAACAAUGGGAUUUGGCACUGCUAACCCUGAAUUCCUGUCCCAUGUUCACCUACCAGGAUAAGGAUACUCCGCGCAUGCCACAGCCAUCUCGUAUCAUGCUCCCGAUCCUUUCGGAGAGCAUUCUUGAUGAAAUUGAUGAAGGUCAGCCUAAGCAAGGAGAUCCUCACGACUACGUCCACCCAUCUCUCCGGAAAUUGCACGCCGCUGGUUACCAAGGAACAUUCCUGAAGGCUUACAACAUUUUGACCAAAAUCGCUGCGGCGAUUGGAUGGGAUCAGCUAUUGAGAGCCCGGAGCGAGGUGUUUGUUAUGGAAGAGGAGUACCGCGUCGAGCGACAGCAUGUGCCUAAACCCGCGCAUUCGCUUGAAGCGGAGACUAAUGGUGCAGCUGUGGAGGACGAUGAAGAAGAUUCAGCAUCUGUCUCGGGCCCCGGCCCGACAGAGUCUUCCACCGAGACCACCACGAACGGCAAUGCCGAUGACAUCCAGGCCGAGGAGACUAUCGAGCGGCCUGAGCAGACGGUCGCUUCGGAGGUGGUCAAGUCUGGAAAUGAUGAUCCCGACCCAUCGCACAGCGCAUACACACAAUUCCGCAACAAGCGUCUGUGUGAGCGAUGGCUGGACAACCUUUUCAUGGUCCUGUAUGAGGACCUUCGCAUUUACACCAUCUGGCGAACAGAGAUGGCUCAGUUCCGUCAGCAGGCGAUAGAAUACAAAAAAUCUGCUGCAGAGUGGGAAAUUCUGGGCGAACUAGCCGAGCGACUUCAUCAUUUUGAUGAGGGCAUUGAGGCGUACCAGAGCUGUCUGGCAACUCGCUUCUCGCCUAAGGCUAUGCGUGGUGUUUUGAAACUAUACGAGAAGAGAAAUGACACUCGCGGAAUUCUGGGCGCACUCAUUCGUCUGAUCGCAUGGCAAUACCGCUGGUACUCUGAGUUCUCUCCGGAACUCUUAUUCUUAAUGCGCAAGCUGAUUGAGGAUGAGGGUGCUGUCAAGGUUCGCAGUAUCGUCCAGGCCACCAAUCUUCCCCAGCCGGUCCUAGACCUCACACAUCAGUAUUGCCAACUGUGUGCUACAUUCCGCAGCAGUGGCAGUGACACCUGA